AUGAUUCCAAUCGAAGGGUUGCCGCCUUCGUGUUACUACCUCCCUAGUUUCAUUACUCAGUCCGAGGAGCAGCAGAUCCUCAACGACAUCCACAAAUUGCCGGAGUCCCGCUGGACUGUCCUCACCCACCGGCGGCUAUUGUCUCUGCCCUCGACCCUAACCGGUUCUGCCCGUGACACUCUCCUUGCUGCGCCCUUGCCAGCCUAUCUCGAUGCGACCGUCGCUCGUCUUCAACAAGCUGGAUGCUUUGAGAAUUCCACACACAAAGCUCCGAAUCAUGUCUUGAUCAACGAAUACAAGCCAGGAGAAGGAAUCAUGCCCCAUGAAGAUGGUCCUGCGUAUGACCCAAUCACGGCCACAGUGAGCUUGGGCAGUCACACUGUACUCGACAUCUACAAGAAGAACGAAGCUGGUGAACGAGAGGCGAAUCCUACCUGGCGAAUUUUGCAAGAGCCUCGGAGUUUGCUGGUCACCACGGGCGAAAUGUACAUCAACACACUGCACGGUAUCUCAGAGAUACAGACGGAUGAGAAUCUGAACGGCGAACAUAUCAUCAACUGGGAUCUUCUUGGCGACCAGCGACCCUAUGAGCGCGCAUUAGCCUUACCCUACGUGACGUGA